AUGACAUCAACUGUUACUGAGAACGAACAAGUGUGGAAUAAUUUUUAUCUAUUUGCUCCAACGACAGAGACUAUCAAAGAAGAAAUCAUUGAAUUUCAAGGCAAAAUUCCAGAAUGGUUAAAAGGUACACUUUAUCGUAAUGGUGCAGGAGCAAAUGAAAUAAAUAAUGAUAUAACAACAUCGGUUAAACAUGCAUUUGAUGGUUUUGGUUUUAUUCAAAAAUAUAAUAUUGAUGGACCAUCACAAAUAGUUCAUUUUCGUGCUUCAUUUAUUAAAUCACGUGCAUAUAAAGAAGCACUAAAAAAUGGUCAUACGGUUGUACGACACUUUGGUACAGAUCCAAAUAAAUCAAUUUUUGGUCGAUUUCAAUCACUUUUUCGUAGUCGUGAUCCAACAACUUAUAAUGAUGAUUCUAGUGUUACGGUCCAAAUGGUACACAAUGAAUUAUUAGCACUUACGGAAACAGUAACAGGCAAUAUUCUUGAUCCGAAUACACUUGAAUCAUUAGGUCCACUUAUAUCCUUACCUUAUGCGCAAACAAUUGAUUCAGAAAUCAUGUCGAUACCGACAGCUCAUGUUAUGUAUGAUGAAAGACGUAAAAUGACAGUUGGUUAUAGCAUAAGAAUUACACGUAAAGGUCAUUGGCUUGACGUUAUCUUCAUAUCGGAUGAAGCAUCACAUAAAGAUAUAACAGAUGACGAUGUCGAUCAAUGGUUAACUGGUAAUGAUCGUUUUAUUCAUAUAACAAAUAAUAUAAGUGAACGUGCGAAAGAUUAUAAUCGUCAAAUGAGAUCAAGUACAAAACUAUAUCGUUUUCCAUUAGAAUAUGCAAGUUAUAUGCAUUCAGCAUCAAUUAGUGAAGAUUAUUUGAUUCUUACAGAAAUUCCAUUACAUUAUAAUACAUUUUAUGCUAUUUGGAGUUUAAUUAGUGGUGGUGCAGUAACCGAUAUGUUUAAAUGGCAUGGUGAGACAAUGCCAACUUAUUUUCGUGUUAUUAGUUUAGAUACAGGUGAACAAAUAGCACAUAUUGCUGGUCCAGCAUUUUUUGCAUUUCAUCAUAUUAAUUCUUAUCAAGUUAAAGAUAAUAAAAAGAAAAUUAUUGUUGAUAUUUGCGCUUUUGAUGAUUCAAAAUUUGUUAAUGAACUAUUUUUGGAUAAAUUACGUGAAAAUAUAUUUCCUUCAGGUGCCGGUUAUCUUCGAAGAUUUGAAUUAGACUUAGAUGCAAAUAUAUGUAUUGAACCAAAUACAAAUGCACGAGAACCAAAAGGAAGUCAUUGUUAUAGUUAUGCACAUAGUCUUGUGCCAGUUCAGUUUGAAUUACCACGUAUUAAUCCAAAAUUUAUUGGUAAAUCAUAUCGAUAUACAUAUGCUUUACGUGCACCACCUGGUCGAUUGUUCGAUGCAUUAAUUAAAUUAGAUGUUCAAUCAAAAGAACAAGUAGGUUUAUGGGAAGAAGCAUGUACAUCACCAAGUGAACCGAUUUUUGUUCCAAGGCCAGAUGCUAAUCAUGAUCAAGAAGAUGAUGGAGUUGUUUUAUCGGUUAUUUUAGAUCAACAAGCUAAAAAAUCAUUUCUACUUGUACUUGAUGGCAUUACAUUUAAAGAACUUGCUCGUGCUCAUCUUCCCAUACAUAUUCCUCUAUCAUUUCAUGGCAAUUUUUAUUAA